AUGCCAUUCAGGACCUGGAUGAAACGCUGCGAAAGCUGCCCGGCUUCGUCACUGACUACACAUAUUCUCGCUUUAUGGAGCAGCUUAUGGAAUACCAGUCGAGCUGCAACUCUCGCCCGCCUUCCGGAUGGCGAGGAUGUGCAGACCACUGCGAACUCUACCACUGGCGACGCAUCCACUGCUGACGCCCAUAACAGCUCCGACUUCGCAGAAGAUAUCGCUUCCCUGUUCAACAGAGGUUUGAAGAACCACAAAGAAUCACGAACAUUCGAAGUACUCCGCGCCCGAGCCAUCGCUCGUGCAGAGUCCUUACGAGAUGAGAUCGACGCAUUUAAGGAGUCGAACAGGACAUACGCAGGCCCCGAGGACCCCGAGAAGCGCAAAGAGCUCAUAGACACACUCGCCGCGUUGUACAUUGAUCUAAGAUUUACCGUCGGCUUAGGCAAGCUUGCCACUCUCUUCAUGAACGGCGAGACUACCGUCACUGUUGCAGGUGGUGAAGGGGCCGCUUCUCAAGCUGACGCCACGGCAAACCCUCACCCGGUCGGCGAAGACCUCGUAGUCAUCGUUCCGCCGUGGGUCAAGGAGCUGCGCCGGCAUCUCGCCCGAGUCAAAGAUCGUCAGCCGUUGGAGUUCUUCGCCCGCCACGUGUCUGUCCUGCGUGAUACUGUCAAGACAGACAUUGAGGCAUGCAGGGAAGCAAGGCUUGAGGCAGAAACCGAGAUGAAUUUUGCGAGAAGAGACGGGAUUGCCGACAGAAUGGAGGGCCACGAGCUACUUGACGAUGCUAUGGAGGGUCUCGAGUUUGUGGGCGUGAGUAUGUUUAGGAAGAUGGCGGCUGAGCGUAGUGAAGGAGAGAUGAUGGAGCUUGACGCUUGA